AUGGGCGCGAUCAAACUGAGCGUGAAGAGCAGGACAGGGCGGGAGCUGCUGCCAGACGGCCUGCUGGUGCCCUCCGAUGCCACCGUGGAUGACCUGAAGGCGCGCUUCGCGGAGCUGAAGCCCCGCUACUACGCCUCCCGCCAGCGCUUCACGCUGCCGCCGCGCGAGGGGCAGCGCUCGGGCGAGGCGCUGGCCGCGGGCAAGAAGCUGUCGGAUUAUGGCCUGCAAGACGGCUCGGUGCUGCUGUUCAAGGACCUGGGGGCGCAGAUCGGCUACGCCACCGUCUUCUUCUGGGAGUACCUUGGGCCGCUGGUGGUGUAUCCUCUCUUCUACUUCCUGCCGCAGUACCUGUACCCGGGCGUCAAGGAGAAGAGCGUGGCGCAGACGCUGGCGCUGGCGUACUGGACCUUCCACUACCUCAAGCGCCUUCUGGAGACCUUCUUCGUGCACAAGUUCAGCCACGCCACCAUGCCCGUCUUCAACCUGGUCAAGAACUGCUCCUACUACUGGGGCUUUGCCGCCUUUGUGGCCUAUUUUGUCAACCACCCGCUGUACACCCCGCCGCCGCCCCAGCAGGCCUACGCCACGCUAGCCUUCAGCAUGCUCUGCCAGUUUGCCAACUUCAGGUGCCACGUCAUCCUGGCCAACCUGCGCCCCGCGGGCGCCAAGGGCUACGUCAUCCCGCGCGGCUUCCUCUUCAACCUCAUCACCUGCCCCAACUACACGGCUGAGAUCCUGGGCUGGGUGGGCUUCACAGUGGCCACACAGACGGCGGCGGCAGCCCUGUUCACGCUCGUGGGUGCUGGCCAGAUGGCGCGGUGGGCGCUGGGCAAGCACAAGCGGCUCAUCAAGACGUUUGACGGGCGCGAGGGCCGCGAAAAGUACCCCCGGCGGUGGAUCAUGCUGCCUCCAUUCUUUUAA